CAUGAACGAGGCGGGAAUCGAUAUCAGCAUGUGCGCGGCUUUCCUUGUCGUUGCUAGUUACUACCUUUAUUGUGCCUUUGUUGUUGUGUUGCGAUAUGUUUAAUAUGUCCUAAGAAGUAUGUUAUAAUGUGAGAGUCUUCUGCUAGCUACUGUAUUAAGUACAACUCACGCUUUUUUAUUGGAUCAAGUAAUGGCUAAAGGAAUUGAGAACUUUGUAUUAAAAGACUUAAGUUUUAUCAUUAGAAAGUAUGAACAUUGUGUAGAAGAGCCAUGGGAAGCUAUCAACCUGUCACAUUUAGACAAUGCGAACAAUUGUUACAUUGGUGGAAAAGACAAUGAAGUAGAUGACUGCAGUGACAGUGAUGACAGUGUUGACAGUGAUGACAGUGAUAACACCGAUGACAGUAAUGGAGAUAGUAAGGAUGAUGAUGUUCAAGAUGAUGAUGUUCAAGAAGAUUCUUUUUUUGAGAGUGAAUGUGAAGACUUGGAAAUUCAAGAGGAGAAUCAGGAGAGCUUCCUUAGUUUUGAUACACCUAAUCAAAACAACAAAAGCAUUACAAAUUUAUUGUCAAGUUUAAGUAAUGAAAGUCACAAUACUUCUAAUAUUAGAAAACGAAAGCGAAGUGCUCUUGUGAACGAAGUCAUGCAAACAAGCCUUAAAAAACAUUCAAUGUCAGAAUCCGACUCAAUCAGUCAUGAAAGUUUAACUGAAUCUGAUUCCGAUGAAUUUAGUUAGCAGUACAUUAAUUUCAAAAAUAAAGAAUAUACACGUAACGUAUAUUGCCCGUGUUACAUGAUUGUAUUCAAACAAACAGCUCUAGCAAUAAUCUGGCAACUCUGCUUGCUACAUAACUUUAUGAUUUUGACUAUAGGCUAUUGCUUAAAACAACUUUGCAAACUAAUGUGCAUGGAGGUGGUUUUUGUGCAGGGUUGAACAAUAAGGGAAUCGGCUUAAAUAUCCUAAUCACGUUUUUUACAUCUCUUGAUUGUUUAUUCCAAUAGUCCUUUUAUGAAUAAACUUGUCUCAGAUGUAACUAGUGGCUGCUUCAAACAUUGCCAUGCAUCUUGUUCUAUUGUAAAACUAGGUAAAGUGAAUUAACAAAGAGGCUCUGUGUAAGAGAGCACACAUGACGAUUAAAAAUAUUCUCCAGUCAGCAUAGUUUCUUAUAAAUAUAGGUUUCUUAUGUAUUUAAUAAAAUUAAGCUAACAAUAGAUGGAAAUGUCUUACCUUCACCAUGCAAAUUUUUCUCAUCAGUGAGUCCCCAGUGAUGUUUAGCCUGUCUGUUUUAUUUUGUAAAUUACAAAAGUUUGAGUACCAGUGAAAUUGGUAAUUGGUAGAUCCUAGACUUAAAUGUAAGGAUAUCAGGUCAUGGUUAUGCAGUGUUGGCCAGCGAACAUAGAAAGUUAGCGAGAAAAGUCAAGUCACAUAAUUUUGACAUUCACGUAAUACGGAUGGUAUACACUACAUGAUAUUUAAAUGCCCUAAAAAGUGUUAAUAGAGCUUAAUGCAAUAAAAAUCACAAGUAAACAAAUAAAAGAAAUGUCAUGGGUAACGAGAGAACUUAGAUUUUUAUACAGUCACUUCCAAAAGAAAACAGUACAAUGUAAUGAAUAUAUGAUAAUGUUCUAAAUUAUUUCAUUUUGAAAUCUUUACUUAUCUUUAAUGAUUUUAUUGUAAUUAUGUUUGUUAAGAAUGUCAAUUUUAUAUAAACUAUUAACUGCAUAUGUUGGUUUUAGUUUAAAAUAUUUAUUGUAUUUAUUGUCAAACAAGUUUAAUCCUAUCAAUAAAAAAUUUAUAUUUACUACCAA